AUGGUGCAAAACUUAAUGGAUAACAAAGAGUUGGAGUUUUAUGAAGAGAUUAGUGGACUAGAAGAAGGAGAAGUUUAUGCUGCAGAAGAAGGAUCUACGGGGAAGGCCCAAAAGGCUAAUCACCCAGUGGUAAUUAUUUCAAAACCAAUGAGUAGAGAAUCUGGAAUUCAAAUAGCUCCAAAGGUCAUAAUCCAAAAACCUGUAUCAUUUCCUUACGAGGAUAGCAAAAAGGUUCCUUGGAAUUACGACUGCAAUGUGACAAUUCCAGGGAAAGAGAGCUUGGUAAACGCUUCAGGAGAGGACGAAGGAUUCUAUACACGAAGUGGAAGACGCUAUGAUCCAGCAAACGCGAGAGUGGAAUCUGGAAAAGGAAAAGCCUUAGCAGUUGAGUUGGGAAAAGCAAAAACAGACAAAAUUGAACCGCGUGUCAAUCAGCCGGUAACUGAAAAUGAGGCUAGAGAAUUUCUAAAAUUCUUGAAACAUAGCGAGUACAGCGUGGUAGAACAAUUGCAUAAACAACCGGCUCGUAUCUCGGUGCUUGAAUUGCUUAUAAGUUCAGAGAUACAUCGUAAUGCGUUGAUUAAGGUGCUAAAUGAAACUUAUGUCGCUCACGAUAUCUCAGUGAAUAAGUUGGACCGCUUGGUUAGCAAUAUCAGUGCCGACAAUUUCAUUUCCUUUAAUGAUGAUGAAAUAUCGCCAGGGGGAAGAGGAGCCACCAAAGCAUUACAUAUCACUGCUCGUUGCGGAGAGUAUGCGUUAGCAGGAGUGCUAAUUGAUAAUGGGUCAGCCUUGAAUGUUUUACCCCUAUCCACCUUAAAUAGGUUACCGGUGGAUAGCUCUCACAUGAAAUCAUGCCAGAAUAUAGUAAGAGCAUUUGAUGGUACUGAAAAGAAGGUGAUGGGAAGAAUAGAAAUACCCCUCCUGAUUGGCCCAAAUACAUACGAGGUGGAUUUCUUAGUGAUGGAUAUCAAGCCUUCGUAUAACUGCUUGUUAGGAAGACCCUGGAUUCAUUCAGCAGGAGCGGUGCCUUCAUCGUUACACCAGAAGUUGAAAUUGGUAACAGAAGGCCGAUUAAUUACGAUCGACGCUGAGGAAGACAUCAUUGCGUCAGUAACCAGUGACGCACCAUAUUUGGGAACAGAUGAUGAGGCGGUUGAAUGUUCCUUUCGAUCCUUAGAGUUCAGAAUGCGACAUCCGUCAUUGAGGAAAGAAGAUCCGAUGCCCAAAGAUAUCUAG